GGCAGCUAGGACUCAUGCAGGAGGCCAUUGGCAUGCAGCAGCAGUUGUGUUGAUCAGCAUCAAUCCAUGGCGCCCAGGCCCAGGGGCGUGGGCUCAACGUCAUGGUAGGGCAGACAAUUGAGCUGUACUGGUACUGGCAAGUCAGACUUUGCUUUGAAAAGGCAAUCCUUGAGAUCAUGUUGUGAUCAAAUUGAUCAGAGCCAGUGGAAUGGCGGACUUUGGCGAGCAAGCGGUCGGUAGAGAACUCCAGCAGCUAGUAGCUGGGGCACACGCUGUAUUGGCAGAGCUGCUGAGUUUGACAGCGGCGGUGCCUGCUGACUUUACGGAGCAGAGCGGCAGGUUUGAGCACGUGCUUUUGGACUUCAAAUACUUCUUGUCACCAGAGCACCACGAGAGCGUGAUUGAUGGGCAGCCUGCAUUGUCCGCCCUGGAUGCGGAGCUGCGCGACUGCCACCAGGCUGCCCUUCAGCAAUAUCUGCGGCUGUUCAAGGGGCUCACGCAGUACCACCACCGGCUACACGCAUUCCUGGGGGACUUGCAGACUGGCGCCUUUCUGGACUGGAGCCUGGACGCUGUCCUGGAAGACUCGGACGGCCAGCAGCUGCUCACUGAGGCGGUCACCCUGCACGGCCUCUUACUCCUGCUCCUGCACCACCGUCUGCCCGGCCUGUUGCGGGAGCGCAUCCUCGUUGCCAUCUCCCGCCACCUGGACACGGGGGAUCCCUCUCACCUGGUCACCCUCCGCAAGCUCUGCGCCGCUUCCUCAGACGCCCCGGCGCCCUCCCCAGGUCUCCUAGCAUCGCUCCAGCAGAAGCUUCGGGGUCAGAUUACAGGGGCGGAGGGCCCCCCAUUCGUAGUUGAUCUUCGGGGAACCGAGCAAUACCUGGCACGAUUCCCUCUCCCCGCUUCAGUCUUAGAAGCCUUGAUCACCCGUCUGCGCUCAGAGGAUAUCUUCCACCAGAGGCAGCAUUUCCCCGGGCCUGAGCACCGGACCACCGCCCUCUCGGCGCAGUCAGCAUGCCUAGUGGUCGCUCUCGUCUCUUUCCCCCAGCUGUUGCAGCAGGACGCCGCGGCCAUGAAAGGCAUCGUUGGGAGGUUCUUUGCGGAUCGCUGGGCCAUCUCGCUGUUCCCGGGGUUCGCUGUGGAUCUGUCGCAAGCCUGGGACCGCUUUGGGGCAGCCAGGAGCGCGCUGAAUGCACAACCUCUGUCGUCAGUCAAGGCCCUGGCUCAGGCAUACAACACAAAGGCUCGCCAGCUGUUGCUCGACCUCAAGAGCGAGCUAGCGGAGGGUGUCCUCGCCUCGUCCUCUCUGCUGGGCGACAUGCCCCGCCUGCUGCGCAAGCUGCGCGACGCCAACGCCACGCUGCGCUGGCUCCUGCUCCACCGCACAGCCUCCGCCAACAAAAAAGUCCGAGACACCGUCCGCUCCGACCUGUCCGACGCUGACAUCAUCGAGCUGCUUCUUGACACCGCCCAGCUCGAGUCGCUGGUCAAGGGGCUGUACCAAAAGCUGAUGGAGAGCAAGCCGGCCAGGUGGCAGCGCGCCAGCGAGGCUGUCGCUCGGGGACUGGAGGAGAUGGGGCAAUUGUUUGGGGGGGGUGCGCCGCUUUUGCCGAGCAUGCAAGCGUCAGCCGACCCCCGGCUCGCGCAGUGGUUUGGCGAGCUGGCGGCAGCGGUGCGUGGGCUGGAGCUUGGGGCGGCGGCGAAAACGGCGCGCAAGCUGCAGAGGAUGACGACCGCACUCGAGGAGGCGGGGCAGCUGCACCAGGUCGAGGCGAGCGGGCUGCAGGCGCGGCACUUUCUGGAGGAGCUGCGGCGGCAGAUGCAGGACAUGGUGCGCACCAUCGGCAUCAGCGAGACUACGCUGGCCACACUGGCGGUAGUCGGCGACGAUUCGUUCGCAUGGGGGAUCAUCCAAGAGCACACCCCGCUGCUGCACCGCCUGCUCGAAAAGGACCCCGGGACUCUGCCACGUCUCCAGUGUUGGUUUCUGAAGCUCCGGUCGGUUUUGGACUUGCCCCUCCUGCGGCUGGGCCAAGUGGGCAGCAAAGAUUUGUACCCAGUCUCGCAGUUCUACUCGAGCCAGUUGAUAGAUUACAUAAGCUCCGUACUGGAAGUGAUUCCCGGGAGGAUGGUUAAAGUCGCCGUCGGGAUCGUGGCGAAACAAGCGGAGAAGAUGGGGGAGGUGCCAACUAGGCUCGAGAGGGCCGCCGUGCCGGGACACGUGUUAGCCGAGGAACGGUUACAGCUGGCGAGAGCCGCACGCCAGCUGUCGGCGCUCUCCUCUGGCGUCUUAGCGAUGGAAGGGGUUUCGAUAGGAGUGAUUCAGCUGCGGGCGAAGAGCCUGCUAGAGGACGGACUGCGGAACGAGCUGCGGGCGUGCAUUGUUGGCACGUGCAACGACUUCCGGAUAGAGGGGGGCAAGGAGGGCUUGGAAUCGCAGUUGGCUGCGUUGCGGGCGCGUUUGGGUGCGCUGCGGCGCGCUUUUGAGAUCUGCCAGGACCACAUGCGGGUACCGGUCGUGAUAAUUUGGGACGAGGAGUGGAGGACGUACAUACGGGAGUGUGCGCUGGAGGAGCAAGCCGUGCGAGGCGCGAAGAGCACCGUUGCCAAGGACAAACCUGCUUCGGGCUUCUUUGCGAAAGGGAAGCAGUCCGGUCCUACAAGCUUCUACGGUCAGCUGUUGCAUGCUGUUUUAGCGCUGAGCGACCCAGCCACGAGCAUGUUCCUGCGCCCCGUCUCCGGUUGGUUCGACGCCAACGGCGAGAAGCGCGUCGGGCUGCAGCUGUGGGCCGCACUCCGCAAAACCGUCGGCGUCGAGGGCCUGACGUCACUCGACCACCUGCUGGCCGUCCGAGCGCAGGCGAGCCUGCAGAAGGCUGCUGACGUGGCAAGCGACCUGGCGGGCGGGGACGCGUCCCCCGCGCUCGAGUCUCUGUCCAAAGCCAUAGCACCCUUUCCGGGUUUGCCGGAAGACGGCGCGAGGCGGUACGCGGAAAGCGGGCCGUGGCAAUUUGGUGAGCUGGCGCAGGCGUUGGCGGCGGUGGGGCAGGCGGUGCUGUUGCGGGGACAGGUGGCGGCGGAGCUGGCGGGCGGGGUGAGGCUGGAAGGGGGAGGCCUCGCGGGGGCGCUGCAGGGCCUCGACGAAGCGACCAGGGUUAGCGUGCACAUGCGCACCCAAUCGAGGACUCCUCAUCUGGCGACCAGCCCGCCACCAGACCCCGUGCAAUCGCCCGCUGAUCUGUCUUCCGUGGUCGCCCUCCGGCCCCUCCUCGAGCGCAGCGGCCUCGGGGACCCGCAGCGGCAGCCCCUGUUGCGCAUUGUCGGGCCGCCCCGCCUGUUGCCGCUGUUGUUGGCGCUCUUCACCAUCGCUCAGCUGGAGCGAUACGUGUACGACGAGCGCCUCGCCGCGCUGGCGCACCGCAGCAGAAAAGCGGCCCUCGACUGCGCGCCCCUGGUCGUCGGAAUGGUCACCCUCUUUGGGCAUCUCGAGAAGCAACACCUGCAUACGUACCUUCGGGUACUGAGCCAGUACGUUCGUAUCAACGUUCUUCAGUCGGCGGCUAAAAGGGCGGUCGAUACGAAGAGGAACAGCUCUGUCAGCUUCUCGACAGAAGCUGUGAACGCGGUUGCUUGGCUGGAGGAGAUGUGCCACUACGGAGGUGUCUCGAAGGACCAUCUCCUGACUUGCAUUCCUGCUGUGUUACUGGACCUGAUUCGGACUGGAAGUCGAGGUUAACAAGAUUCAAAGUGUAUGCCCUCGUCAACCCAGAUAUAUAGCGCUCAACACACUUGCUGGCAAGUUUCAGUUUAAGCGUACUGAUCGACAGAGAUCAACGGCACCUUGCGGUCAAUGACACAGAAUUUUGUGUCACAAUCACACCAGAAGUUGCGAUUUGAGCCUAAAGAGAUCCCAACAGUAUACAGCCACGUCAAUUGAGCUUUACACCCAUAGCUGCAGCAUAUAAGAGUACGGCGACAAGAUGUACCAAAAGGUGAAAGCACCAAUGGAUCUGGUGAACCUUGUACGCUUUUCUAAUCGGGCGCCCUUUGACACGUGGUUGCGUGCAAGACAUCGGAAAUUGCAGAUGUGGGUGGAACUGAUUGACACUUGCAUAGUCCGUAGCUGAUUGAACCCAUUGAAUCGUCGAUCACCAAACGGGAGUGGAACCAUUUUUAACUGCAUUCUGCGGACAAUCUCGACCACAAG